UCGCUCGCGCCGAGGAAAACGUUGCGCAGGUUCAAAAAUGGAACGUCGGCGGCGUGAGGGAGCGCGAGGGGGUGUGCGCGCGUGCGCGUGCGCGUGCGCGCCCGGGCGAGGGUGACGGGGACCCCGCCGGCCCGAGCAUCGCGCGCCGCAGCCGCGGCCCCGCAGCUCCGCCCCCGGCCCGGCCCGGCCCCGGGCCCGCUCGCCCGCCGCCCCGCAUGGAGCUGUCAGCCAUCGGCGAGCAGGUGUUCGCCGUAGAGAGCAUCCGGAAGAAGCGCGUGCGGAAGGGUAAAGUUGAAUACUUGGUCAAGUGGAAAGGAUGGCCCCCAAAGUACAGCACGUGGGAGCCGGAGGAACACAUCCUGGACCCCCGCCUGGUCAUGGCCUACGAGGAGAAGGAGGAGAGAGACCGAGCGUCGGGGUAUAGGAAGAGAGGUCCGAAACCCAAGCGGCUUCUGCUGCAGCGGCUGUACAGCAUGGACCUGCGGAGCUCCCACAAGGCCAAGGGCAAGGAGAAGCUCUGCUUCUCCCUGACGCGCCCACUCGGCAGCGGGAGCCCCGAGGGGGUGGUCAAGGCGGGGGCGCCCGAGCUGGCGGACAAGGGCCCCUUGGUGCCCACCCUGCCAUUCCCGCUCCGCAAGCCCCGCAAGGCCCACAAGUACCUGCGGCUCUCACGCAAGAAGUUCCCGCCCCGCGGGCCCAACCUGGAGAGUCACAGCCAUCGACGGGAGCUCUUCCUGCAGGAGUCACCGGCCCAGGACGUCCUGCAGGCGGCCAGCGAGUGGGAGCCUGCCGAGCAACCCCCCGAAGAGGAGGCAGAGGCAGACCUGGGCGAGGGGCCCCCUUCUUGGACACCCACGCUCCCCUCAAGUGAAGUGACAGUGACCGACAUCACGGCCAACUCCAUCACCGUCACCUUCCGCGAGGCCCAGGCCGCCGAGGGCUUCUUCCGAGACCGCAGCGGGAAGUUCUGAUCCGCCAUUUUUAACUCUUCUUAAACUGUUUUCUGGGGCUCGGGGUGGGGACUUCCGGAAAUGAGGGGGUUAGGGCGGGAUAAUUAUUUUAUUUAAAAAAAAAACAACAACAAAAACAUUGACCAGGAGAAGGGGUGAUGCUCCCAAAACUGUCCCGCCCACCCGCCCCUUUCUCUGCGCGGACGGACAGACGGACGUUUACAGAGCUGAGGCGGGGCGGGGCCUGGGGAGGCCUGGCACUGCUCUGUCACUUGGGACGCCGUCUCCAGGGUAGGACGGGGACAGGGCCAGCCUCCCCCGGACCCCUCUGGCCCCCUUCUUCUCCGGAGAGAUAGCAACAGGUCCCGGGACUAAAGGAGGACGGGAAGAUCUGAACCCUCCCCCCGAGCAUCUUGCCCCUGCCUUUCUGGUUGGUUACCCCUUUUCCCUUCUGUGUGUGUGUUUGGGGAGAGGUCUUUCCUUUUAACUUUGCACUCCAGCUCUUCGAGGGAGAUAGAGACUGGCUUUGAGCAAAAGCGACGGGAUCUGAGAGCUUAGGGGCAGCCGGGAAGGGUUGGAGAUGGCUGGGCACAACCCAGAAAGGUCUCUCCCUUCCCUGGGUGGGGUGGUUGCCAGCUAAUAAGCCCCUUCGCUGAGAGCUACUCCCCAGCCCACCCCACCCCACCUGGCCUGUGAAAACCGAUUACAUGCGCACCUGGCCUCACAGGUGUGUGCACUGUCCCUCGUGCCCUCGUGACUGCACGCACAUGUCUGUAGCCGUGUGCAGCAGGUCUUGGAAACUUCCUGUAUAGAAACCCUGACCAGGUGAAUGGGGGGGUGAAUCACAGCAUAAAAGAGCUUGCUGUAGGCAACCCCCACUCACCCCAUUCUCCCAGCGCUUCACCUGACAGGACCUGUCCAAUCAGCGUGCUGGCGCCCUCACUGGAGGGCAGGGGUCGGCUGGGGCGGGGCGGGGCGGCCAGAUGGCUUCCAGUGCUCCAGGUGUGGGAUGCCCUCUUGUGGUUUCACCUGGCCAGUCACAGGUGUGUGUGUGUGUGUGUGUGCCCUGCAUCAGCGCAGUCAUGGAUGUGCAAGUGUGUGUGUGUAUGCCCUGCAUCAGCGCAGUCAUAGGCGUGCAAGUGUGUGCAUGUGUGCCCUGCAUCAGCGCAAGCUCUGAGGCACUUGGGUUCCAUUCCUCUCCUGCGCGCCCUCUCCCCGUAGGGGCCCCUGUUCUCUCUGACUCAGGUGACUUUCCAGCUCUUCCCCUCCCCUUUUUUUCUGCCCCCCCCCCCCCAACUCAGCCAACCAGACGUGGGUGUGGGUGGUCAGGGAGGGAGAGAGCGUCCCACCACCUUCUCAGGGCAGCCCUUGACUCCUGACACCCUUCCUUCUGUUCUGGGUCUCCUCGGCAUCCACCCUCAACGCUGCAGCUGGGACUAACCUUGUUUCCCCCUGGGGGGACCUCUGUCAUGUCUUCCUGUGAUCGGGCUGUAGCGGAGGGCGGGUCAGGCUGUGUCCAAGCCCCGUCCCCUGCCCCCGCCCUGGCAGGGACUGUGUCUGCCAGAAGAGGGGGCGCUGUGUUUCUAGUUUGCACAGACGCGUCCUGUGGACUAGUGGCUUCUCCCUGUAGUGAGGAGUGAUCUCUUCCCUACCCUGGCCCUGUAGGGGAGAAGCCAGGUUGGGGGUGGGCACCAGGGGAGCAAGCGCAAGACUGGCUCCCUCCCCUGUCCCCAUCUCAGGCCGGGCACUGGGUCCCGACCCGCUCCCUGCCCCAGGGCCAGCUCCAUGCUCUGCUUUGUCCUCAGGAAGUAGGCAGAAUCCUGCUGAGGUUCCUCCAAUAGGGCAGUUCUUCCCCAGACCCCUUCUUCCCAAGUUCCCAAACCAAAGACACCCUACAACCCCACUUUUCUUUGGGAUGCCUUGCUGGCCAAAUUCCAGAUCCCUGCGUGUGGGUCCCCUCUUCCUCCUCAGUCCUUUAUUGUCCAGGGUCAAUUCAGUGCUUCCAUUGGGGGAUGGCACCACUCCCCACCCCAUGACUUGAUUCACCCCCAGCCUAGGGGUUUGUGUCUAGAGGAGUAUGUGGGGGUGGACCGGGGAACUGAGGGGCUGUGGGGAACCCUCCUGCCCGGAGCCCUGGGGAGGGGAUGGGCAGCCAGAGUGGGCCGCUGUCCCAGGUCAGGGGCUCCUGGCAGAGGGGAGGGUGGUGGCAGGGGCCUCGCUGUGAUAGAUGCUGGCCCUGGCUUUAAACUUGACUGGCAGCUUCCAAUAGAAGUCACACCCACCCCAUCCCUGGGGUCAGGUGGCCUCCUCCGCCCUCACUUUUAAGAGCUGUUUGUAUCAUGUGCUGGUUUGGGGGGGGUGCUCUUUUGUGGGACGAAGUGGCUGCUGCGGUGGAACACUGCUUGACUCUCAACCCUUCAAGGCCUGCAGGGUGCCCUGCUGUCUGGAGGGCUGAACCCUGGCAGCCAAAGCUCUUAGGACCUACCCACCCAGGACACAGGACGGAGACCUUUGCGAGGGGUUGGAAGUGGCCUUCAGACCUUCUCCAGCCCUGAGCAUCCCAGUGAGGCUUGGGGUGAGGGGACAAGCUGGGCAUGACCUUCCUCCCCACCCCAUAGCCACCCCAGAAGGCCAGUACUCACUUGGGGAGGGGGCAUUGAAAAAGUUGGACCACCUGCCUUUCCUUCCCCCAGGCCCACCUGUUUCGAAUGUAGAGACCGGUUGGUACUUUUGUUUUGCUGUGGGGUGGGGCAAAGGGCGUGUUCUCUGCCCCUGACACGGCCACCCCCCUGCUGAUGCCGCAGGCCACUCCAGGACCACCUCUGCUCUCAGGAUGGUGGUCCUGUCGCCAGCUUCCUCCUUGGCUCCUGCCCCGGGAGAGGGCGCUUCGCUGGUCCGGUGGUUUUUGCCUUUGCUUUAUAACUGGCCCGCCGGGCCUCCAGGGCUCAGCACAAGAACGCUUCCUUUGCACAGAAUGAGCGUCGAGCUUUGUUCAGACUAAAUGAAUGUAUUUGGGAGGGGUUGGGGGGCACGAGUCAAUUCCAAGCACAUGCCUUUUCUGACUGAGCGUGUGCGGGGAGAGCUGGAGCAGAUGCAGAGCGUGGUUUUAUUUUUCUACUGAUGUUGGUAAGAGACUGUAUAGCAUCUAUUUAUUUAGAUGAUUUAUCUGGUAAAUGAGGCAAAAAAAAAUUAUUAAAACAUUAAAGAUGAUUUUAGAAAAAAAGCUUUUGGACACCUGAUCUUUGCUUGCGAUGGCAUCACAGCCAUGCCGAGGGAAGAGCUGCAGCCCUGGGGUGAGCCCUCCAGACCUCUCAGACCCAUCCCCGCCCCAGAUCCAUCUUGGCAAUGCACUGGGCCGGCGCCAGGCAUCUGCGUCGGCUUGUUAAUCUUGAGAUCUGGAGGUGCUCUCUGUACAUUCUCCCUGUCUGGUUAAUUCUCCCCUCUAAGUCUCAGACCCUCACAUGCAGCCCCGCACGUGGUCUCAGCACUCCUGCUCCUGUGUGUCAGUGGGCCUUACAGUUCUUCAGGAGGGUAAGGCAUUUCCUCCUGGGAAGGAGUGAGCUGUCUUUGGUCAAUGCUGGGAUGAGGAGGGGAGAUGAAGGUGAAUUGAGAAGGAAAAGAGUGACCUUGAGGGAUAUCUGCCUCAGGUGUGGCCCUCACAUGGGCACCAGGUGGUCCAUAGGCUAACAAUGCCAGCCAGAGGAGUCAGGGGAUUCUGGUGGGCAAGGUUCUUAGAUCCUUUAUCCCUAAUUUUUCAUCCCAGGGCUUUGGGUUCUGAUUCCUUCCUGUUGGCCCUCAGCAUAAGAGGCCCGUGAGGCCAUUUGUUCAGUCUCCUUUGCAGCUCUGCCUCUCUUACGACUAAAUGUUGGGCCCCACGGCCCGCAGGAUUAUGUCCCAUGGCUGCCGGAUGUCAGGGGCCUUUUAAACACUAAUAAAUAAAAUGCAAAAAUUAUGAUUCAUUUACAUACACGAGGAGCUUCCCAGGUGGUGCUAGGGGUAAAUGGCAGGUGACAUAAGAGAUGUGGGUUCAGUCCCUAGGUUGGGAAGAUCCCCUGGAGAAAGAAAUGGCAACCCACUCCAGUAUUCUUGCCUGGAGAAUCCCAUGGACAGAGGAGCCUGGUGGGCUACAGUUCACGGGUUGCAAAGUCAGACACUACCGAAGGGACUUGGCACACACACCACGCACAUCUAUGAAAAAUAACUCUACUCUCCACAACAACAUCUAGAAGAGGGACUUCCCUGGCAGUCCAGUGGUUAAGAAUCUACCUUCCAGUGCUGGGGACGAGGGUAAAUACCUGAUCUUGGAACUAAGAAUCCCAUAUUCUGUGGGGCAACUACUGAGCCCGAGAACCACAGCUAGAGAAGUCCAGGUUCUGCAACAAAGCCCAUGGGCUGCAACCAAGACCUGCUGCAGCCAAAUAAAAUAUUUAAAAUAGAAAAAACCUGGAAGGCCCAAGUUGAGAGUGGGCUGACCUGGGUCUGCCAAUUCUUUGUUCGAGCUUUCACGCUGAGCCAAGUCCACAUUCAGGGCCACCAUCUUGUAUCCAGUGCUUCAUCUCUGCCACCCAUCCCAGGGCACCACACAGUCAGGAAUUAUCACAGAGGUCUGACCGUGGGGGACCCGUUUCCAUGUCCCACCCUACGGAUCUGCUUUUGAGACCCAUGUCCACAACUCUGUCUUAGCUUCAGUUUCUGUUACGGGUGGAAUUGUGUUUCCAGAACCAGCCCCACCCCCCUCACCUCCCUGAAUCCACAAGUUGAAGUCUCGACCUCCAGGGCUUCAGAGUAUGACUUUAUAUGGAGAUUGAGUCUUUACAGAGAUAAUCAAGUGUAAAUGAUAUCAUUAGCCUGGACCCUAAUCCGAUUUGACUGGUGGGAAAUUUGGGCCCGAGACAGAGAGGGGAAAUAAUAAGAACAGAUACAGGGAGAAGGUGGCCGUCUACCAACCGAGGAGAGAGGCCUGGAACACAUCCUUCCCUCAGCCUCAGAAAGAACCAGCCCUGCCAACACUUUGAUUUCAGACUUCCAGCCUCCAAACUGUGUCAGAAUAAAUUCCUGUUAUUUAAGCCAUCCAGUCUUACUUCAUUAGAGCAGCUAGCUCCUGAAAACUGCUACGGUAUCUAUGAGAACAGAGUCUGAGACUAGGCUUGGGUAUAGGUCUGAGACUUUAUUUUGGAGGUGGUCCCAGGGAGCAGGGUAAGGACUAGGGAGAGAGGGACGGGGAAGGAGGAAAAGCAUGUCAUUGAGGUUGAUGCCGUGGGCAAGAGGGUUGAUUCCACCUGGACUUUGUGAGAAGCAUUCCAGUCCCGCCCUCCAAAUGGUCCCCCACCACCCGGAGGACUGGAGAUGGGAAUGUUUAUCUGAAGCCUCCUGUCUGUCAUUGGCAAGGGUGCCGGGGUGCUGACUCCCUUGUACCUAGAGGCCAAGGGUAUCAGGAGAGUCCAUGGGGCAGGAAGUGAAGAUGGCCCAUUCGUCCUCCCAUGGCUAAAAUCACUGAUGAGGAUGAGAGGACAGGAGGCAAGCACCCAGAAAGAUGAUCCAGCCAGCUUUUUGUUCUGAGUUUCAGGUGGCUGUGGGCACAUAAGUGGGAGAUGUUGAGGCCCUGCCCCUAGGCCACCAGUGCAAGGCCUUGCACCAAGGCCACAGAAGCGGGGCCCAGAACCAAGGACACCUCUGAAGCUGACUGACCCACUUUGUAACUGUUGCCCCCAACCCCCCAUUAUCACCAACAAGCUUUCUGACUCCCAAUUAGGCAAAGAUGCCCAACCCAGUAAAUUCCCUAUAGCGCCCCAACUGGCCUUCCAGUGGGAAUUUUCUUUGUCUUGAGGCUAUAAAAAUUGGCUACUGACCAACAAACACGGUCAACUCUCCCUGGCCUGUCAGGAGUUGUUGGUCCCCCACGCUCACAGUGCCCACUUUAUCUCUGCUCUUUGUUCUUAAUAAACUCUUUUCUGCUGUA